CCUCAGUCUUACGCGUUCAUGUCGCGCACAUCCUACGACAGGUAUCUGACAGUAUUCUCUCCUGAAGGUCGACUGUAUCAAGUCGAGUAUGCCUUCAAAGCCAUCUCAGGCUCUGGUCACACUGCUGUCGCUGUUCGUGGUAAAGACACCGCCGUGGUCAUUACCCAACGAAAAGUGCCUGAUAAACUGCUGGACGCGUCGACCGUUACACAUCUCUUCAGCAUUACGCCGACGAUUGGUUGUGUUAUGACAGGACUUAUUGCGGAUGCAAGGGCCCAAGUAACUCGCGCUCGGUCAGAGGCAGCCGAGUUCCGCUACAAAUAUGGCUACGAAAUCACACCCGACACUCUUGCCCGUCGUAUGGCAAACAUCAACCAAGUUUACACACAAAGGGCAGCUAUGCGACCUUUGGGUAUAUCAAUGAUCCUCGUUGGAAUCGACCCUGAAUUUGGACCCCAGUGCUUCAAGCUCGACCCUGCUGGUUUCUUUGUUGGGUUUCAUGCAACAUCGGCUGGUCAGAAGCAGCAAGAGGCAAUGAACCAUCUUGAAAAGAAGUGGAAGAAGCUUGAUUCUGGACGAGGAGCAGACGAUGCUAUCAAAGCAGGGAAAACGCUCGAUCGUGCUGCAGUCAUCGAGAUGGCAAUAGAGGCCAUGUCGACUGUCCAUGCAACUGACUACAAGCCUGGCGAAAUCGAAAUCGGGAUCGUUUCUGAGGGCGAAGACGAGGACCCAAAGACUCGUGGAAAGUGGCGCGUCAUGGAUGAAACAGAGAUAGAGCGGUAUUUGCUGGCGUACGCAGAGAAAGAUUAA